CUUAUGGGCGUGUCAGCAGCCAUAUAAAAAUAGGGACAACGAAAUCGAAAGUAUUAUAACGUGUGCCUCAACAUGGCUACUGCGCACCCCGAGUCCGAUGAGGAAACCUCUUCUGGAAGUGAAUCUGAUGAGUCCCAAAGUGACGGAAACUCUGACGUAGAAACUGAUCAGCAUCAUGGGAAAGAGGCCUGCAAGUAUUACAACGGCAAGGGCUGCAAGGACGGUGAUAAGUGCACUUACCUGCACAUGUGCAAGUACGCCCUGAGAGGAAGCUGCCGCGACGGGUCCCAAUGUAAGAUGAAGCACCCGGGAGCUGAAGGAGAGUCCUCUGGUGGGAGCAACAAGGCUUUGGGCUGGUCCGCGCACAGUGGCUCGAAGCUCACCGACGGCCGACUCUACCAGUGGCAGCUCGGUAAUGGAAAUGGCUGGUUGGAUGUUGGUAACGAUCACAUUCUCGAGGCCCAGUACUCGCUGCCCCACACCAAGGGCAUCAAAAUCUACAACACUAAAUUCGGGGCGGUGAGUAUAGAUUUUAACAGGAUGAGAGUGCUCCGAAAGAGCCUGAAAGUGAGACGUUUGGAUGAUGAGAAGACGGUGUGGAUCUGGUACUGCACUCUGCGUCGUAAGUGGACCAAGUAUGGAAACAAGGAUUCGAAGGGCAACACCGGUCCCAUAAAGAGCUACGACAUAGAGAAGCAGUUCCAGAAGGACCCGUCCAGCUCUUACAUGUUCACCGCCGGUGCCGAUAAAUUUGAGAUUAAAUUCAGAGACAUGCAACAGGUGACGGCAAAGAAGAAGAGGAAAGUCACUCGCCGACCGCUGUACCGAUCAAAAGUUCCUUCAACAGCCUUGAAUCUCCAGAAUCUUUCUCUGACCGGCCAAUCCAAGUGGCAGUUUGAGGGGGACAGUGGAGCGUGGCACGACUUCGAGGCCACGGCCAGAUGCUCCGUGGGCAGCGCCGAAAUCGAGAGGAAGUUCGCGCAGAACCCCACCACCGGCAUGACCUUCAAAGUGAAGGCAACCUCCUACAAGCUGGACUUUCAAGCGAUGACCCAGCUCAACCUCAAGACCAAUAAGCGUCGCAAUAUCAGGCGCGUGUGAGGACUUCGAUUGGAUCUCGUAGACCUCGUGAAGGAAGUCUACAAACAAUCAUGCAAUACAAUGUUAAUGUUGAUCUGCUGUUUACGAUGCGGGCGUUCGGAGCACACUUUUUAUUGUUGGUUCUACUUCGGCCUCUUUACGGCAUUUAAGAUGAGAUAGAGGACUGUUUUUUUUUAAAAAACAUGGUUGCCAGAGGGGACUGUGUCAAAAGGCUCCGGAGUUCAUCAACCUGAACCUCAAAGCUGACCAACGUGCACACUGCCAAAGCAACGCUUAUGUCAAUAUACCGACAUUAGAUAUUAUGCCAUGUUAAGCUCAAGCUGCCGCAUUUAUUCAUACUGCCACUUCUGAUAUAAUAAAAAAUAUUUAGACCCCAA